AUAUUUUUAACUAACCCAUAGAACCAACCUAACCUUAAUGUCUAAGUUAAAGAUUGGAGGAAUUAAUGUUUUAAUAGAUUUAUCAAUCAGAGGGCCUAUUAGUGGAUAGUGCAUUCUUUUACAAUUUACUUGGAGUAGUAGAAAAAUGUAAAGAAAUAAAUUAACUAAUAUAUUAUUUUUAUAAUAUAAUUACCAUUUAACUGCGAAAAUGGUUGUUUGUCCUCCGGAUCACAAUAUUCAAGCAGACAUAGUAUUUGUUGUGGAAGGUACAGCCAUAAAUGGGGCCUACAUAAACGAUCUGAAAACUAACUACAUCAUUCCUUCGUUGGAAUAUUUCAGUCAAGGAAAUUUAGAUGAAACAAGCUAUUUAACAGAAAAUGCCAAUUCUGUUUAUGGAAUUGUGAUAUAUUAUGCUGCUGAUUGUUUACCUCAAGUAAGCAGUGAUACAUUUGGGCCAUUCCUGACUCCUAGUAGAGUUCUCAAUGCAUUGGACAAGCUUGAAUUAAUUGGAGGUAAAGGAGAAUCACAUGCAAAUGUUGCUGAAGGUCUGGCUACAGCCUUGCAGUGUUUUGAAGAGCUGCAGCAGAAACGGGAUUCUUCAACUUCAAAUGUCCAGAAACAUUGUAUAUUGGUAUGCAACUCACCUCCAUACCUUCUUCCAGUUAUGGAAUCAUAUGCUUAUGUGGGAAAAACAGCUGAGCAGCUUGCAGCUAAUUUAUUGGAGAGAGGUAUUAAUUUAUCAAUAAUUUCUCCAAGAAAAAUUCCAUCUUUAUAUAAACUGUUUGAAAAAGCUGGAGGGGAUUUGACAACGUUUCAAUCGAAAAAUUACGCCAAAGAUCCUAGGCAUCUCGUAUUACUUAGAGGGUUUAGUCUUAAGGAGCGACCAGUCAGUCCAGUACCGCAAACAGGAACAGUUUCAACAAGUGGUUUACCUCUGCCUUCUACCAAUAUGGCGAUUCCGUCAUUGCCCAGUCCUUUACCUAACACCGAUAGUCCAAUUACAUCACAGGCUGCUAACCAAAACAUUUUGGCUUCGACGAUGAACACUGGAGUAGGCGUACAGGGUGGUGUUGGACAGAAUCCUGUUUAUCGACCCACUAAUCCUCAAGGUAUAAAUCCUUUGACAAACAGUAAUCAAUCUAUAGUAACGGCUAAUAUGGUUAAUGUGAACUUGGUAAAUGCAGUUCGCGGUGGAAUGAUGAAUAAUCCGCAAUUUUCUAACCAGCCAAUUCAAGCACCUCCUGGAUACCAUCCAGGUUCAGGUUUGGCAGGUCCUUGUCGACCGCCUGGUAGAUGGCCACUUAUGCCACAUCAAACUGCUCAACAGAGAAGUCAGUUUAUACCCAACCAAAAUCAACAACCAACCACUUCUCAAAGCAGCGCACUUAUUGCUCAAUUAACACAACCUCCUUCAUCCAUGCCCACAGCGAAUGUCAAUCAAUUUUCACAAUCUUUAAGUAUGUUUUUAGUGGCUUCAAAUGCUGGUAUGAAUUCUCAGCCGCAACAGUUACGUCUUAACAUGAUGGGAAAUCAACCUACACAACAAAAUGUACAGACAUCAAUUGCUGCUCAAAACGUUCAAAACAGCGGAAUGGUUCAGACUGGUGGUAUCACUUCUACUCCAGGAAUGCCACAAACCCAGACAAACCCGCCCCAAGUAACGCCCAGUAGUCAAGUUAUGCCCACCCAGUCUCAACCAACUCCGCAACAGUCCAAUCCUGCCAUGGGUACUGGAAGGGAAAGACAUACAAUUUGGCAAGGUCUAUUGGAAUGGUUAGAAAAGCCGAAAAAUUCAAGUGAAACUCAAAAAAUUACAAGACAAGUUCCGUGUCAGGUCUCUGCUAGUUCUAAAGACGGAGAACCAGAAUUAAAAGCAGAUAGUUGGCCCCCAAAACUUAUAACACAAUUGAUGCCCAAACAGUUGAUUGGAAAUAUUGGUGGCGGUUACUUAAAAAAUUCGAAGUCAGUAAUUUUCCAUCCACAGAAUUGCGACGCGUUAGAAUCUCUUACGAAAAUGAUGACUAACGGCUUUGCUGGAUGUGUUCAUUUUACCAGUGUUCCUAAUCCUGCAUCAUGUGAUAUUAAGGUUCUAAUACUGUUGUACACGCCAGAAAAAAGAGCCUAUCUAGGCUUUAUACCCAAUGAUCAAGUUGGUUUUGUUGAUAGACUGCGAAAAGUGAUACAACAACAAAAGACUACGCACAUGAUACGUCAGGUAAACCUUAAUUAUAGCGGUACUGCGAAUGUAGGUAUGGGAAGUGGAGUGGGAACUCCACCCCAAAUGCCCGUAUCUAAUCCAGCUAGUACACAACAAGGCCUUAUGAUGUCUCAAACAAAUACAAUGGCCAUGGGAGGAGGUCAAAUAACCCAAAACGUCAAUAUGCAAGGUGCAGGUGUACAAGUAAGCCAAUCUGGUAAUCCAACCGGUAUGAUGGGCGGUCCCUUACAAAGGGGUCCAUUUGAUGGCAAUUUAGAACAGGCUCGUCAACAAAAUUUAGAAAAAAUCAAUCAAUUGAAACAAACUCUGGAGGCGGCUCAACAGCAGGAGCAACAAUAUAAGAGUCAACUGGAGAGGAUCAGUCACAUGAAGAUGUCACAUGUACAAGAAGCACUUCAACUUGCCCAACAACAAGAAAUGCAGUAUAAGAUGAUGGAUCAACAAAGAAUGGCUGGUACUUCUAACCAAGCCGCAAACGUUCAACAGCAGAGAAUGAUGCGCCCAAUUAUGAACACAAACAAUCCUGGUUUAAGGCAUCUUUUACAACAGCAACCUCAAUAUAGGCAGCAAAUAAUGGGAAUGCAACCAGGAAUGGGAGGAAAUGGCCCUCGACCAAUGGGUCAGGGAAUGCCAGGAACUCCUGGAAAUGCUCAGCAACCGUUCGAUGAUGUUGGAAAUUUAGAUUUUAUGGUAUAAGAAAAUAUGCUAUUUAUUGAUGUUUUUUAUCUAUUAACUACAAUAAAUAUUGUUAUUAGGUUUCCUUUA